UUAAACUGAUUUUCUUGGCAGAGACCUUAAACGAUGAGUUCAGGAAUUAACCAGUUCUCAAUACGCAAGAGCACGCAAGAGUGCACAGUAUUAGCGAAAUAAAAUGUUGGUGGUAAAGAAUACUGUUUUAGAUCGAACUCAUUGAUCGUUCGUCUAUGCGUAGUGUAGCCAUUCUGGCAAGGUUUAGACGGGUUGUGACGAAGACGAAACAAAAUUUGGAUAGAAUUGACAGGUAACGGUAAGAUCGAGUCAAAAUGUUAAGGCACCCGGUGAUAAAAUUAUCAACCGGAUUACAAAAUGGUAGACUUCUUGCCAUGGGAAUACAUACAACAUCCUGUAAGUUGCAACAGGAGUUAGUAGAAGUGUUCAUAGAUGAUAAACCAGUUCAAGUUCCACCUGGAACAACUGUUUUGCAGGCAGCUGCCAAAGUAGGAGUAGAGAUUCCUAGAUUUUGUUAUCAUGAACGACUAGCAGUUGCAGGAAAUUGUAGAAUGUGCCUUGUAGAGAUCGAAAAACAAGUUAAGCCUGUUGCAGCAUGCGCUAUGCCUGUAAUGAAAGGAUGGAGGGUGAAGACAAAUUCUGAUUUAACGCGUAAAGCUCGGGAAGGGGUCAUGGAGUUUUUGUUAGUUAAUCACCCUUUAGAUUGUCCAAUUUGUGAUCAGGGUGGUGAAUGCGAUUUGCAAGAUCAAAGUAUGGCAUUUGGUAGCGACCGAAGUAGAUUCGUCGAUAUUAAUUAUAGUGGUAAAAGAGCAGUAGAGGACAAAGAUAUUGGACCACUGAUAAAAACAGUCAUGACACGUUGUAUCCAUUGUACAAGAUGUAUUCGUUUUGCUUCCGAAGUAGCUGGUAUCGACGAUUUGGGAACUACGGGUCGUGGAAAUGAUAUGCAAGUAGGAACGUAUGUGGAAAAGAUGUUUUUGUCAGAAUUAUCUGGUAAUAUCAUUGACUUAUGUCCUGUUGGUGCGUUAACGAGUAAACCGUAUGCUUUCGUUGCUCGUCCAUGGGAAACGCGUCGUACAGAUAGCAUCGAUGUUCUUGAUGCUGUUGGUAGUAAUAUAGUAAUAUCUCAUAGAACGGGUGAAGUUUUGAGAAUUUUACCAAGAGUUAACGAGGAAAUAAAUGAAGAAUGGCUAUCAGAUAAGGCACGUUUCUCUUACGAUGGACUCAAACGUCAAAGACUCAUAACUCCUAUGAUAAAAGUCAAUGGAAAAUUGGAUGCUGUUAAUUGGGAAGAUGCUCUUCUAACGGUUGCGCAAGCUGUCCAGGGCAUUUCAUCGAAUAAAUGUGCCGCUAUCGCUGGGAAAUUAGCUGAUGCCGAAGCUCUUGUUGCAUUGAAAGAUCUAGUAAAUAGACUUGGCGGUGAAACUCUUGCAACGGAACAAAGUUUUCCAAAAAAUUUUGGAGACAUUAGAAGCAAUUAUUUAUUAAAUAAUACGAUCGCUGCUAUAGAAGAAGCCGAUGUCGUACUAUUAAUCGGUACAAAUCCGAGAUACGAAGCGCCAUUAGUGAAUACACGUUUGCGGAAGGGAUAUAUUCAUGGCGAACAAACUAUUGCCCUAAUCGGCCCGGACGUAGAUUUAACGUAUGAUCACGAACAUUUAGGUAAAUCCCCAGAAAUUAUAACGCAAUUAAGGAAUGGUACUCAUUCAUUUUCGAAUACUUUGAAAACUGCUAAGAAACCUCUAAUUAUCCUCGGUAUCGAACAAUUAAGUAGAAAAGACGGAGCGAAAAUUUUAUGCGAAACACAAUUAUUGGCACAGACUUUAGGAGAUAAAUCAAAGACUCCGGAGGAAUGGAAAGUAUUAAAUAUACUUCACACGAAUGCGUCGCAAGUAGCAGCUUUGGAUAUAGGUUAUACGUCGUCUGUCGAUGAAAUUAAACAGCAACAGCCAAAUGUUUUAUUUUUACUUGGAGCUGAUGAUGCAAACAUAAAAAGACAAGAUUUUGCCAACACUGUUAUCGUAUACAUAGGAAGUCACGGUGACGAGGGAGCUGCGAUCGCUGAUGUUAUACUUCCUGGAGCUGCGUACACUGAAAAAGUUGGAACGUACGUGAACACAGAAGGGCGCGCACAACAAACUUGCGCGGCGAAUACGCCGCCGGGUAUGGCGCGACCAGAUUGGAAGAUCAUCCGAGCUCUUUCAGAAAUUUGCGGAGUUUGUUUGCCUUAUGACAAUUUGAUGGAAAUUAGAGGAAGGCUUGAAGAAAUUGCACCGCAUUUAGUUAGAUAUGGUAACGUAGAACCAGCUAAUUACUUUGUUCAGGCGUUGGAGUUAUCCAAGGACACGGAUGGUUCACUGUCGUCAAAUCCAUUAGAAAUCAAACAGAAAACAUUAGAUCAAUUUUUCAUGACAGACGUAAUAUCUCGAGCUUCUCUUACUAUGGCAAAGUGUGUGCAAGCAGUCAUCAAACAACGAGAAAGUAAUUUGUAAAAAAUGAAUUACCAGUGUAUAUGAAAUUGUGUAAUGGUAGAUGUACAUACAUGUAACAGUAUAUGGGAAUACAUACAAUACUAGUUUAAUUACAGGUAUGUAAAAGGGAGAAGCAGUAUCUUUUGCCAACUUAUACGAUUAUACCAUGUGUAUUAAUUUACCAAAAUAUACAUAGCGAUUAAUGGAAUGUUAAAGCUUUCAAAGAUGUAACGUUAAUUUUCAUUUUACUUUUGUCUUUCAGCUGGUUCGUAGAAUACAAUACUUUAUUAAAUUUAAUGUUUCGCGUGAUAAAAAUCAACAGCGAAGCGAUAUUGUCGUUAAUAAAAGUAUCCCUUAAAACAUACUGUAUUAUCAAUAUGCUUUUCUUUUUCAUCUAUAAUGCAGCUUAAAGAUUUUAUCGUCCCGUUGAAACUGUUUAUAUUGGUAUUUACAUUCAGUAUUUUUACGUUAGAAAACGUUGUACAUAGUUUUAACAACACAAUAAAGACAGCAUUUACAUCCUAA